GAGGAGGCAGAGGUUUAGCUACUUCUGUCUGAGAAUCGAUAGCUAUCGUCUGCGUACUGGAAUGGCAAUACUGCAGACAGGGCUAGCAUCUCUAACUAAAUACAAAUUGGAAUUAACAUUUCUACUUUAGCAUCUUAAGCUAACUGAAUAUGAUUUUCAAAAUUAGCCGUUAGCAUUUCCAAUAUAAAUCAAUAGAGGACUUAGCAUUUGGUCAAUGACAUCAUCGGGUGUCUCGAUGCUACCGUGCUAGCUUACACAUUUUGUAGGGAGACGGCACAGACACUCCUAUCUUUCUCUCUCUCUCUCUCUCUCUCUCUCUCUCUCUCUCUCUCUCUCUCUCUCUCUCUCUCUCUCUCUCUCUCUCUCUCUCUCUCCCACUCUCUGACUCGCUCCCUCUGCUUCACACACGCUCCAUCCCCACCCAAACCCAAGGAUUCUCCCUCUCCUCUCUCUCUCUCUCUCUCCUCUCUCUCUCUCUCUGUCGAUAUCUGUCUUUUUAGGAGAAGAAGGAAUGCUUGUUUAAUUCCUCUGUUUGAAAGGACUCUUUUUGAUGCUGUAGACUUGAAACCGUUUGUGUGCUGGUUACUUUGCCCUACCUGUGGAGGAUCCCGGUAGUCAGCCAGCCUCUGGAGCGUGUGUAGCCCCAGCCGCAGCCACCAUGCUGGGCUUGGAUGUGUGUGAGUUUGGGGGUCAGGUUCUGGAGCUUCUCUGGCUAACCAUGUGUUACCAAGGUUUGAUGGCGGAUAAGGAGGAGAAGCCUGUGGGAGAGGAGGAGGACGAGACAGACCUGAACUACACUCCUCCAGCCCAGAAGAGCCUGCAGGAGAUACAGGAACUAGACAAGGAUGAUGAGAGUCUCAGGAAAUACAAACAGACUCUACUAGGAGCUGGACCAGUGGUGGCAGACCCGACCAUUCCCAAUGUCCAGGUCACCAGACUGACCCUGAUGUGUGACCAAGCACCUGGCCCCAUCACCAUGGACCUCUCAGCAGGUGACCUGGAGGCUCUGAAGAAGAAGAGUUUCACCAUGAAGGAAGGAGUGGACUAUAGAGUGAAGAUACAUUUCAAGGUUAACAGAGAUAUUGUGUCUGGGCUGAAGUACGUCCAUCUGACCUACAGGAAAGGAAUCAGAGUGGACAAGGCGGUGUACAUGGUGGGCAGCUACGGGCCGCGGGUGGAGGAGCACGAGUUCAUGACCCCGGUGGAGGAGGCGCCCAAAGGCAUGAUUGUCAGAGGCAGCUACCACAUCAAGUCCCACUUCACCGACGACGACAAGACCGACCACCUCUCCUGGGAGUGGAACCUGGGGAUCAAGAAGGACUGGGACGAAUAGAGAGGAGCCUCAUUUCUCUCUCCCUCCUUCCCUCUCCCUGUGUCUCCACCUCUCCCUUUCCCCUUCCUUCUUACCCCUUCUCUCCCCUGUCUCCCCCACUUUCAUCCCUCCUUCCCUCCCUCCAUCAAGAAGGACUGGGACGAAUAGAGGAGCCUCAUUUCUCUCUCCCUCCUUCCCUCUCCCUGUGUCUCCACCUCUCCCUUUCCCCUUCCUUCUUACCCCUUCUCUCCCCUGUCUCCCCCACUUUCAUCCCUCCUUCCCUCCCUCCAUCAAGAAGGACUGGGACGAAUAGAGAGGAGCCUCAUUUCUCUCUCCCUCCUUCCCUCUCCCUGUGUCUCCACCUCUCCCUUUCCCCUUCCUUCUUACCCCUUCUCUCCCCUGUCUCCCCCACUUUCAUCCCUCCUUCCCUCCCUCCAUCAAGAAGGACUGGGAUGGAUAGAGACCUCAUCCCUCAUCUCCAUGCUUCCCUCUCCCCGUGUCUCCCCUCUCCCUCCUUCUCUCCCUCUUCAUUAAGAAGGACUGUCUCUCCCUCUUUCUUCCUCCCCCUUCCUCUCCCCCCUCCCUCCCUCCCUCCUCC